AUGGCGUCGACAAAACCCCCGGCCCCAGAUGUGCACAAAGCGAUAAAUCUUUUGAUCGAGAAUCUCGUCAAUAUCAAAGAUGAGACGGGAAGAUUUCUUCUUCACCUGUCCGAUGGCCGACUCAUUGACACCAAGUCCUGGCAUGGGUGGGAGUGGACACAUGGGAUUGGAUUAUAUGGCAUCUGGAAAUACUACGAGCUGACGGGUGACCCGGCCUUGUUACGGACAAUUGAAGAUUGGUUUGCCGCAAGGCUCGCCGAGGGCACCACCAAGAACAUCAAUACCAUGGCAGUCUUCCUGACCUUGGCCUACGUGUACGAAAAGACCGGCAACGUCACAUAUCUGCCCUGGCUCGAAGCCUGGGCAGAGUGGGCAAUGCAUGAUCUUCCUCGAACCCGUUAUGGAGGCAUGCAGCAUAUCACUUAUCUGACGGAGAAUCGCCAACAACUGUGGGACGACACCUUGAUGAUGACAGUGAUGCCGCUGGCCAAGAUCGGGAAACUGCUGGGUCGCCCCGAGUACAUCGCCGAGGCCAAGAAACAGUUCCUCACGCACAUUAAAUAUCUCGUAGACACACGGACGGGUCUUUUCUACCAUGGUUGGACAUUCGAGGAUGGCGGACACAACUUUACAGAUGCACGCUGGGCGCGGGGCAACAGCUGGGUCACGAUCGUGAUCCCCGAGCUCAUUGAGUUACUUGACCUCGAGCCCACCGACCCGAUCCGACUUCAUCUAAUUGAAACUCUGGAUGCCCAGUGUGAGGCUCUCCAACGUCUCCAGUCCGAUUCUGGCGCUUGGCAUACUCUCCUCGACCACCCAGAUUCGUACAUCGAGGCAUCUGCCACCGCCGGCUUUGCUUAUGGCAUGCUGAAAGCCAUCCGAAAGCGAUAUAUCAGUGCACGGUAUCAGCCUGUGGCGGAAAAAGCAAUUUUGGCCGUGAUGGCAAAUGUCGACACGACGGGAGAGCUACAAAACACUAGUUUCGGGACGGGCAUGGGCAACUCGCUAGAGUUUUACAAGAAAGUUCCGAUCACCUCUAUGCCGUAUGGACAGGCAAUGGCCAUCAUGGCCCUUGGCGAGUAUCUUCGAACCUAUCUUUAG